AUCUUGUUACCCAAAAUGCAUUAGACUUUUUCGUUCCCCCCUUCCCCCCGAAAUCCCAAAAUUUGACAAGAAAUCUUUUUUUCUUCCCUCCUUUCUUUUCCCAAAAUCGGUUCCCUCCCCAAAGAAAUCCUAAAAUUUCACUUGAAAUUUCUUCUGUUUUCUGUCCCAUUUUAUUUUUCCCAAAUCAUUUCUCCCCUACCCCGAUUUCCUUUAUUUUUUCCCCCAAUUUCCCCAAAUCGGCAGCCCUCUGGUUCACUCUGGAACUUGUCUUCAUUAAAGCCAUUAGGUCUCCUCAGAUCCAUCAAUGGACUUUCAUUUCAAAAAGCUUCUCAUCUUUUUUCUUGUUCCCGCUUCAAUGCUCGUCGAAUCAACGAGUCAUUCCUCAUUUCAGAUGGAAGAUGUGAUGGCUUCAAGGUCAGGGCUACACCGGUUCCUGGAAACAUAGGCGACACAAAUGACUCUAGUGGUUUAGCUACGAGCAUGCAACUUGGAGCCAUGUUUGCCAUUUGGUAUAUUUUGAAUAUCUACUUCAACAUUUUCAACAAGCAGGUUUUAAAGGUGUAUACGUUUCCAGCAACAGUUACAGCUUUCCACUUUGGGUGUGGGACUUUGAUGAUCCUUAUAAUGUGGGCUUCAAAUCUUUACCAUCGACCAAAGCUUACUCGUUCUCAGCUUGCAGUAAUCAUUCCAUUGGCUAUAGUUCACACUCUUGGCAACCUUUUGACAAAUGUUAGUAUUGGGAGAGUUAAUGUCUCCUUCACUCACACCAUUAAAGCAAUGGAGCCCUUUUUCAUAGUCUUAUUCUCUGUUCUUUUUCUUCGAGAGUGGCCUACAUUUUGGAUAGUGUUCUCCCUCAUACCAGUUGUUGGUGGAGUGGCAUUAGCAUCCUUCACUGAGGCAUCUUUUAAUUGUACCAUAUACAACAUGUGUACCCAAAAAUUCUUUGAAGAAGAUUUGCUUCAAGAUACUAGUGCUUACUAUUCACGGAAGGCAUCAAGCUGGAUUGAGGAAGAUUCUUGUCCGGAAUACAUGUUGAAGUCUGAAGAAUGCUUGAGAAAGGAAAGGGAGAGAGUGUCUCAUUACCUGCAUUCAAGCAGUGAGACAAAAUUGUUAAAGAAAGUGCAACAUGAGUUGUUGGUCACAUAUGCAAAUUGGCUACUUGAAAAGGAGCAUUCAGGAUGCAGGGCCUUGCUUAGAGAUGACAAGGUGGAGGAUCUUUCUAGGAUGUACAGGCUUUAUUGUAAAAUACCUCGAGGCUUGGAGCCUGUUGCUAAUGUAUUCAAGCAGCAUGUUACUGCUGAAGGUACAGCCUUGGUUCAACAGGCAGAAGAUGCUGUGAGUAACUAUGUUAAUUUUGUUGUUGUCCUUCUACACCCUAUUUUGUAAUCGUCUACUUGCAUAUUUGCAUAUACUUAAUAAUAAUCUCCUGUCAACUAAUUAUUCUAAUUUUUUAUUUAAUUGUUUUGUUUCAACAUUUUAUUUUUAUUUGAGUUGAAAGAAGAAAAACACAAAUUGCAAUUUUGACUUAGUUAAUCAAUUUAAAUAAUCAAUGUUGAUAUUUCACAUGGGAA